AUGUUCAGCAGCAGCUGCGAAGCCUCGCCUUAUGGUGGUGCUAAGGCGGCGUCUAAGGCGCCGCACACGAAAGCUCCUAAGAAGAUCACUUUAACACAGAUCAAGAAGCUUCAUCGGGAAGGUGAUAAAAUAACUAUGAUGACGUGUUACGAUGCUAUGACCGCUGGUAUAGCUGAAGAAUGUGGCGUUGAUCUCCUCCUGGUUUUACACACCCAGGCUGUUCGCCGCGGUUUGGUGCAUAAUCGUCCGAUGAUAAUCGGGGAUAUGCCCUUUGGAUCCUUCCUAACGGUAGAAGAUGGCGUCAGAAAUGGAGCUAGGUUUAUCAAGGAAGCUGGAGCGGAUAUUGUUAAGUUGGAGGUAACUAAGUUUUCCACGGAAUUGAUACGGCGCAUGACGGCUGCUGGCAUUGGUGUUGUUGGGCAUAUUGGAUUGACUCCACAGAGUUACGUUCAGAUGGGAGGGUAUCGAAUACAGGGGAAGGCUGCCUCAGCAGCGUGCCACUUGAUCGACUUUGCUAAGCAGUUGGAAGCCGCGGGAUGUGUCAUGCUAGUACUGGAGUGUGUACCUGGCGAAGUUGGAAAGCUCAUCACAGAAGCUAUUAACAUCCCUACGAUAGGCAUUGGCUCUGGUCCUGAUACUUCGGGACAAGUUCUGGUGGUACACGAUUUGCUAGGGUUGACACCUAAAGCGCCGAAGUUGGCAAAGGCGUUUGUGAAUACUCGUGAACUUAUGAAUAUUGGAGUCAGCAGGUUGUCGGGAAAUAUAUUUAGUUGA